CCACCAUCCCCUGCAGAGGCAGCCAACAACUCAGACCGGUUCCUGUGCCUCUCUAAGAGGACUCAGGUCAGGGACACUGGAGGUGUGGAACACACAGGGGGGUGGCCCCACCAACACGUCCCCAUGGGAGUCAGGAGAAGAACACAAGCCUCGAGGUGGGUCUGCAGGAAGCGGUCGGCUCAGUCUCAGGGAACCUGCUGCCCAUCCAUGCUGGUGGCCAGGAAGCGAGGGGCACUUCGUGCCUACUCAGCACCUUUCACCACUGGGCUGUGGGUGGGAGCCAGCAGGUGGGCGGAGAUUCAGAGAGAGAAAGCUGUCCUAGGGUCACACAGUGUUAGCCAGAGGCCAGGACACUGGGAGGCCCUUUGUGUGCUCCUCUGCCCCAUCUCCCCCACUGCCCUUGAUGCCCUUGAUGGAGCCCUGGGACGUGGGGGCAUCCACGGUGCUAGUGAGUAGCCAGGCAGGCCGGGCCGGUCUGGGAAGUUGGCCACUGUUGUUUAACCCCUGGCCUACAUGGCCCUGCCCCCCUGCCCUACCUGAGAAGCUGGUAGCAAAGGUGCCUCCCCUGCCUGACCACCUCUGUCCCAGAUGUAUACAGACGCAACAGCCCCAGGCCUGAGAGCACUCAGCCAGGCUGUGGGUGGGCAGGGCAGCGAAUGAAUGAGGGACAGUGAUGGAUUAGGAUGUGUCCAGCCCCCUGCGCCACUCCCUGGAGGGCAGGGGGCAGGAGGGAAGGGCUGGGCAGCAGGGGCCCAGGGGAGCCGGACCCCGCUGCCCAACCCCCAGAGAAGGUGAGGGCGGGCCUCCUCCCCCGCCCUCCCUGGCCUGCUGGCUGAGCUCCCACCAGCCAGCCGCCGCCGCAUCAUCAAUAUUUCAUGGGCGUCAAUAAGAGGCAGCGGCAGCAGCGGGGACAGCGGCUGCAGCAGCAUUCUUGCCAGCUCUAGCCAUAGCUCACUGGAAGAGUCAGGCUCCUGGCACUGCCCACCACCAUGGAUGUCUUCAAGAAGGGCUUCUCCAUCGCCAAGGAGGGUGUGGUGGGCGCUGUGGAGAAGACCAAGCAAGGGGUGACGGAAGCAGCUGAGAAGACCAAGGAGGGGGUCAUGUAUGUGGGAGCCAAGACCAAGGAGAAUGUUGUGCAGAGUGUGACCUCAGUGGCUGAGAAGACCAAGGAGCAGGCCAAUGCUGUGAGUGAGGCCGUGGUCACCAGCGUCAACACAGUGGCCAUCAAGACGGUGGAGGAGGCGGAGAACAUCGCCAUCACCUCCGGAGUGAUUCGAAAGGAGGACCUGGAGCAACCAGCUCCCUCGCAGGAGGACAAGGCAGCCAAAGCGGAAGAAGAAGUGGCUGAGGAGGCCAAGAGUGGAGGAGACUAGAGGGAUGCAAGUCAGCCAUGGAGGAGGAAGAGCCCUCUGCCUUGGACCCCACCGGGCAUGAGGACUGCCCAGCCCUGGAGCGUGACCUGGGUUGCCCAUGUUCCCACACCUGACCACCCACAGGGCCUGUCCUCCUACACUGCCUUCACCUCCCUCACCUCCCUCAAUCAGUCGCUUUGCCCCCUGGUCCUUCUGACCCCACAGAUGCUGCUGUGAAUUUUUGUUUUUAAUGAUUCCAAAUAAAACUCAAGUCCUCAUUCCUGACCAUAA